AUGUCUUCUAGGGCGAAUGCAGGCUUAGCUCGUUAUGCUUGCGACUACUGCAAGCAAAAAAAGUUUAGAUGUUCCAAGGAUCUUCCCAAGUGUAUCUCGUGCCAACCAUGGCCAGGCCCUUGUAACUAUUCCCGCGAUAAACCGGCACACAAGGGCAGCGUCAAUAAGCAAGAAACCCGUCCUUCUCUUGGUUUAAAGAACCAGCAGAGCAUUGAAAGGCCACAUACGCGAUUGAAGAAUGUAGAAGAAGCGGUACAGGCUCUAACUACUACUGUAACUCAAGGCGCUGAGGCGGUGAGUUACGUUACAUCACCCAACUACAGACAGAUAUCUGAAAAGGACUGCGAGCCUCAAGAUGGAAAUGAUCCACGUCCCAACCGGAAUGUAGAAGGUAUAAAUUCCUUUUCCUUUUUAAAGGACAUAUCUAUCACCAACACAACUAUCGGAACAUCACCUGUUCAUCAGCAAGCAGCAAGGGAGUUUCAGUAUUUGUCGGAUUCUUUGACAACAGCAGUUGUAACCAGUAAAGGUUAUCAUAAGACUGACUUUUUUGUACCGUCCAAGGGCGAGGGUUAUCAAAUGAUAGGCCGCUUCUUGGAAAAUGCCAGCUUGGCUGACGCGUUCUUCAUCACACCUUCAGAGACCCUCCUCAUACAAACCACCUUCAGGCCUGAAACUGUAUCGAAAAAGGCAUGGGUGGUGUAUAUCAACUACAUGAUUCUCACUAUGUUGGCACAUGACGAAGACGCCAGAGCUCAACAGUACAGGAACAAUAUGAAGUUGGCGCUUAACGACAGCAGAAUCUUUCUCGAACCUCACGAAGUCAAUCUUCAAACCCUUAUUAUGCUCGCCAUCCAUGGUGAGGAUUAUGCUUCGCCUAAUGAAUCGUGGAUGCUUGUUGGCCAUGCCUGUCGUCAAGCUGAGGCUUUAGGGCUGCACACACCAUCCGAAGCAGAUUAUGUGACAACUCAGCGGCGUUUGAGCCUAUUUUGGCUUCUUUUCGCCGUAGACAAAUCAUGUGCUCUUGCGUUUGGCCGCUCAUGUUCUCUUCCAUCAGCAACAUACUCUCACGUUCCACUACCAGAUUUGCAUUAUUUAACAAGGUUUCAUCCUUGCAGUGACUCCCCUGAUGCAGACGGAAGGACCGAAAGACCUGUGUUCGGAGGUCAUAUGUUUCUUGCCCGCAUUGAGCUCGCACAGAUGAUAUUGAGCGAUACCCUCCAGAAUGAAACACCUUUCUCAGGCCCCAACGAACUACGCGAGAUGAAAUUGGGCAUCAGCACUAUCAAGUUUGAGUAUUUGCAUGUGUCGAUGAUCUUCCUCAAAUAUCAUCCACCUUCUGCCAACUUAAGACAAGAGACCGCGAGGGAAGCUAUCUCUCUUCUUCCUUCGAUGAUCUCCAAUUGGACUUCGAUAUAUAACAGUAUGAUCUGGCAUCUCUUAUACUACCCUUUCAUACCGUACUUCAUCAUGUUCGAGAACUUAGUCCACAAACAUGCGCUUACCAGCAAGAUCACGAUCCAGCGAGACCUCGAGCUUUUGUCUAUGACUGUCUCGUACUAUCAUACUAUGAGAGAUCAAAUGCAAAUUUUAGCUCCGUUGUGUAAGCGGCUUGAGAACAUUGCAGCAGUGUUCCUACGGUUGGCAAAGCAGUACGUUGAUGGUUCACAUCCAUUUGCACCAACUCAGCAACUCUUAGCAAGCACCCAUACCGUGAUUAGUUCAAAGGAAGAGAAUUAUGUUCCAUCUUUAGGGGACGUACAACUGGAGCUGGGUGGCGAAAUUGGCGCUGAUCUGGAGCAUUAUAUUCAGUGGCUACCGUCAAACCUGAUCCCUACACAGGGUGCGCGCACCACCGACGCUACAGAUGGAAGUGCGGCUCACGCUACCUCCAGAAGCGCUUCAUCGGAAUCAGUGCAGCCAGAAUCCCGGGGUACUAAGAGGCCGUUUGAUGUCAUGUUUGACUGGUUCGCUUGGGAUGUUUAUUACGGGGAGCAGAACGGCGAUAGGCUAUAA